AUGGCGGGUGCUCAGUUUGAAUACGACGAGAAGGGCACCACGUUUUAUUACUUUCUCAUCUCAUUCUACGGUCUGAUCCUCGUCCCGUUAAGUUAUUAUGUAUGGAAUAAUACAAAGAUUACAGAGGAUAAGAAGAAGAACGAAAAGACUUGUCGUUGCCCUCCUUGCUUGGAAAAACAACACAAACUGAAAAAGUCGAAACCAAAGUCAAAGACCAUACGCUAUAUAAGUCUCUUUGCCUUGGUUAUAUUGUGGGCUUUGUUUGUAUAUGGUGGCUACAGGAUCUCUCAGUUUGAGAAGGAAUAUGUUGAAUAUGAUCCAUAUCAUGUGUUGGAGAUUGACAGGGGUGCAUCAGUGGCAGAAAUUCGUCGGCAGUACCGUCGACUUAGUAUGAAAUACCAUCCAGAUAAAGAAACUGGUGAUCCCAAGAAGUUUAUGAGGAUUGCUAAAGCCUAUGAAGCUUUGACCAAUGAAGAAUCUAGAAAGAAUUGGGAAGAAUAUGGUAAUCCAGAUGGUCCUGGAGCAACAAGUUUUGGCAUUGCUCUACCGUCUUGGUUGGUCAGCAAGGAGAAUUCAGUUUGGGUACUUGCAGCGUAUGGUCUUGCUUUCAUGAUUAUCCUCCCAGUAGCUGUGGGUACAUGGUGGUACAAGUCAAUUCAGUACAGUUGUGAUCAAAUAUUAUUGGACACUUCACAGUUAUACUACUAUUUCUUUCACAAAACUCCUGGAAUGCAAAUUAAGAGAAUACUCAUGAUUCUGGCAGGUUCCCUUGAGUUUGAAAAGGGACACAAUAACGAAGUCCAGGAAAGGGAGACUGACAAUAUAGAUAUUCCAACGCUAAUGAGAGAUCUUCCUAACCUGGGUGACAAGAACAAAGAGCCACCAUUGUGCUAUCCAUACAGUAUCAAAGCAAGAGCUCUUGUGCAUGCUCACUUGUCAAGGAUGGAACUCAAUCAAAACAUGAAGCAAGAUUUGAGUCUUAUCUUAGAGAAAAGCCCUAUGUUGGUACAGGAAAUGAUAUCYUGUGUAUCUCAGUUGAUAGCCAUGGCCAAGGCUGGGAGAACGUCCAACAUGCCUCGCCUGGAAACUGUAGAGAAUUGCAUGAAGCUAAACCAAAUGUUGAUACAAGCACUUUGGGAGAAUAAGUCACCUUUAAUGCAACUUCCUCAUAUUAAUGCAGAAAAUUUAAGACAUUUUACAACAAAAAAGAGGAAUAUACGUUCUAUAAGGCAAUUAGUUUCUAUGAAAGAAGAAGACCGUAGGUCACUCCUUAGAAAUCUUAGUGGUGAAGAAUAUGCAGACAUUAUAAAUGUAAUAUGGAGUUAUCCAUUAGUAGAAAUGGAAGUCAGAGCACAUGUCCUUGAUGACACAGAAGACAAGACUCUUAUUACUGUUGGGGAUAUAGUAACAGUCACUGUUAAUCUUAAGAGACGUUCUUUAGGGGAAAUAUUUGAACAAGAAAGUACAAUUUCAGAGACAACAGAUUAUAGUGAAAUGUCCGAAGCCAAACCAGAACCAAAGGAUUCACCUCAAGCUACAAAAGUUUGGCAAAAGAACAAAAAGAAGGGGAAAAAGCCGAAACAGAAUAAACAAGUCAAAAAGAAACCUGUUAAACAGCCGCUUAAGAAGAAGGGAAGCGAAGAUAAAGACGAAAAAGAGAAUGCACCUAAAGACAAGAGUGAUGGUCAAAGUAAAAAGGAAAAGGAAGAGCAUGAAGAAGAUCUUGAAGACAAAAAUGAAGAAGAAAACGAUGAAGAUAAAGCUGAUAGUGGCUCAGAAAGUGGUGAUGAGCAAUCUAGUGGUGAAGAAAGUGAUAAUGAGUCUAAUGAUGGAUCAACUGGUAAAUCACCAGAAGAAGACGAAGAAGAAUGGCAACGACUUCAAGCAGACGUCAAAACCAAUGAAGUUAUUUUAGAAAUGAAAUCCAAAGAAACUCAUACAGUACAUGCACCUUAUUUCCCAGAGGAAAAACAAGAAUGGUGGUGGAUAUAUGUAACAGAUAAACGAAAAACAGCUUUAAUAACACCUCCACAACAAAUUACCAGCUUAAAGGACGAAGAAGAGGUUGAGCUUAAAUUCCAAGCUCCAGAAAAGACUGGUAGCUAUCAAUACGCCCUGGCAUUAAGAUCAGACUCUUACAUUGACUUUGAUCAACACCAGAAUUUCAAGAUAACAGUUGAAGAAGCCAAAGAAUUCGAAACAAAGCAAUGGGACUUUGAUAGUGAUGAAGAAGGGAAAGACGACGAUGGAGAUUCCGGUGAAAGCGAUUAUGAAGAAGACGACGAGUACAAAAGACAUCAAGUUUCAAUCAGUCCUAUUAUGGCGGAUUUACGUGUCGGAUUUGUUGGCGGAGGAAACAUGGCUUUGGCCAUUGCUGAGGGCAUUAUGAAGUCAGGAUUUGUGGAGCCAAAGAAUAUUAUUGUCAGUGUUGUUACUGAUAAAAGCGUUGAGAGGUGGCAGAAAUUAGGUUGCAUAGGAACUAAGAGCAAUAAAGAAGUUCUUCAAAGUGCAAGCAUUGUCUUCCUUGCUGUUAAACCUCAUCUUAUYCGAGGUGUUCUAACUGAGCUUAAAAAUGAUUUUACAAGCAAACAUCUGGUGAUAUCRGUAGCUGCAGGACUGAAAAUUCAAGUGUACGAGGAUCACGGUGUAAAGCGCAUUGUGCGAGUGAUGCCAAGUCUUCCAUGUUCUGUACAGAAAGGUGCCUCAGCAUUUGUAUGCGGUAGCAUGGCAACAAGGGAAGAUGCAGCGAUGGUCCAUAAACUGAUGUCAACAACAGGAUAUGUUGAAGAGAUGAAAGAACCAUAUGUUGACAUUAUUGCAUCAUUAAGUGGGAGUGGCUCAGCGUUCGCAUGUCUUGUUAUUGAAUCAUUGGCUGACGGAGCUGUCAAGGCUGGGUUACCAAGACCUAUAGCCAUGAAGUUUGCAGCACUGGCCGUUCAAGGAGCUGGUACUGUUGUGGACCAAUCAGGAAAGCAUCCUGCUCAGGUAGAAAUGGAAGUCAGAGCACAUGUCCUUGAUGACACAGAAGACAAGACUCUUAUUACUGUUGGGGAUAUAGUAACAGUCACUGUUAAUCUUAAGAGACGUUCUUUAGGGGAAAUAUUUGAACAAGAAAGUACAAUUUCAGAGACAACAGAUUAUAGUGAAAUGUCCGAAGCCAAACCAGAACCAAAGGAUUCACCUCAAGCUACAAAAGUUUGGCAAAAGAACAAAAAGAAGGGGAAAAAGCCGAAACAGAAUAAACAAGUCAAAAAGAAACCUGUUAAACAGCCUCUUAAGAAGAAGGGAAGCGAAGAUAAAGACGAAAAAGAGAAUGCACCUAAAGACAAGAGUGAUGGUCAAAGUAAAAAGGAAAAGGAAGAGCAUGAAGAAGAUCUUGAAGACAAAAAUGAAGAAGAAAACGAUGAAGAUAAAGCUGAUAGUGGCUCAGAAAGUGGUGAUGAGCAAUCUAGUGGUGAAGAAAGUGAUAAUGAGUCUAAUGAUGGAUCAACUGGUAAAUCACCAGAAGAAGACGAAGAAGAAUGGCAACGACUUCAAGCAGACGUCAAAACCAAUGAAGUUAUUUUAGAAAUGAAAUCCAAAGAAACUCAUACAGUACAUGCACCUUAUUUCCCAGAGGAAAAACAAGAAUGGUGGUGGAUAUAUGUAACAGAUAAACGAAAAACAGCUUUAAUAACACCUCCACAACAAAUUACCAGCUUAAAGGACGAAGAAGAGGUUGAGCUUAAAUUCCAAGCUCCAGAAAAGACUGGUAGCUAUCAAUACGCCCUGGCAUUAAGAUCAGACUCUUACAUUGACUUUGAUCAACACCAGAAUUUCAAGAUAACAGUUGAAGAAGCCAAAGAAUUCGAAACAAAGCAAUGGGACUUUGAUAGUGAUGAAGAAGGGAAAGACGACGAUGGAGAUUCCGGUGAAAGCGAUUAUGAAGAAGACGACGAGUACAGCGACUAACCUCAAUAACUCUAAAGCCAUACCAUUACCAGACRUCUCCCUGGCCAUACUCACUUUACUUGAAUCAAAGUCAAAUGAGGACAUUGCAGUACUUGACUUCAAUUCAGUUCUGUUCAGUUAAGUUCUGUCAAAAGAAGAAAAAUAUUUAAUGCA